AUGUCUCUUUACAUAAUGUUCUUUUCAGCACAUUUUCCCUCUUAUCACUUUCUUUCUUCCUCUUUCUCACUUUUCUUCAUCACUUCCUUUCCUCGGUUUCUGUUCCCUUUAUUGUUUUCCUUCUUUCUCAUUUUUGCUAUCACUUUCCUUUUCUUAGUCUCUCUCUCUCUCUCUCUCUCCAUUAUCUUCUCUCUCUUUCUUCUUUAUUGCUUUCUUUUCUCUCUUACUCUCCUUCCCCUCUCUUAUUCUCUCUCCUCUCUUACUUUCCCUCUCUUCCUCUCUUUCUACUUCUCUUACUCACCUUCCACUUCUCUUAAACUUUCUCUCUCUUUCCUCUCUUAUUUUCUUUAUUACUUUCUCUCUCUUUUUCCUCUCUUACUAUCUCUUACUUCUCUUAAUCUCUCUCUUUUUCCUCUCUUACUCUCUUCUCUCCUCUUUUACUCUCUCUUCUCUCUUACUCUCCUUCCACUUCUCUUACUCUCCUUCCACUUCCCUUACUCUCCUUCCACUUCCCUUACACUUCUUUCACCUCUCUUACUCUCCUUUCACUUCCCUUACUCUCCUUUCACUUCCCUUACUCUCCUUUCACCCACCUUACUCUCCUUCCACUUCUCUUACUCUCCUUUAACCUCUCUUACUCUUCUUCCACUUCCCUUACUCUCCUUCCACUUCCCUUACUCUCCUUUCACCUCUCUUACUCUCCUUUCACUUCCCUUACUCUCCUUCCACUUCUCUUAUUCUCCUUUCACCCCUCUUACUCUCCUUCCACUACUUCUCUUACUCUCCUUUAACCUCUCUUACUCUUCUUCCACUUCUCUUCAACUCUCUUUUUUUCUGUCUUACUCUCUCUCACUCAAUCACUCACUUUCCUAUCUUAUUUUUUCACGCUCUCUUUCUCUCUCUUAA